CUCUGCAAGUAGCUCAGUCACAGGAAACUUAAAGAGCCUCAGCAGUUGAAUGUCCUGUACAGAGCAUUUCUACUUGGAACUACAGAUUGGACGCUUCUAGGCCUCAGUAGGGAGCCUGGGGCAGGAAUUCAACACCGGCUAAAUUCCCACAGGAGGACUUUCCUCUCCAGAUUGCCUCUGGUGGCUGUUUUCAGGGUAGCUCGAUUCUCUGAAGAAACCAGUCAUUGUCAGCAAUACUGAUGUAUCGUCGUUGCAUUAGCCUAACCAAGGCAGUGUAUAGAGACUGUUUUGGAAGAAAAUGCACAUUUGACUGGAGAAGUGAGGGCAGGAGACAUUUUUGCCAGUUGCCAAUGUUGCAGUUGACAGUCACCCCAGCAAGUGCCUUGGUAGAUGAGCCAGUGCACAUCCAAGUGACGGGCCUGCUUCCAUCCCAGAUGGUGACCUUCAAGUUGUCUGUGAAGGAUGAUAAGGGGAAUCUGUUUCAUUCAAGAGCCUUCUACAAGGCUGAUGAGACUGGUAAGGUGGAUCUACAACGACAUCCUUCACUGGGAGGUGAUUAUGUGGGGCUUCAUCCCAUGGGUCUCUUCUGGUCUCUCAAGCCUGAAAAGAUGUUUGGAAGACUGCUGAAGCGUGAUGUGAACAGGCCAUGGGAGGCCACCGUGGACUUAUAUGACUCAGUUAACUACACAGAGUCCACUCUACAUCCGAUGGAGAUGAGCCAAACGGUGCAACGUUGGUUCAUAGCCCCUGACGUGAAACGGGAACAGGUCAAAGCAGGACGUAUUCGAGGAGCUCUUUUUCUCCCUCCAGGGGAAGGCCCUUUUCCUGCAGUCAUUGAUAUGUUUGGGAGCAUCGGGGGUCUAGUUGAAUUCCGAGCCAGUCUCUUGGCUUCCCGUGGUUUUGCGACACUGGCAUUGGCGUAUUUUGCCUACGAAGACCUGCCCACCAGCCUGCUGGAGUUGGACCUGGAAUACUUUGAGGAAGCUGCCAACUUUCUAGUUUCUCAUCCCAAGACCCAAGGACCAGGAAUCGGAGUGAUUGGAGUCAGCAAAGGUGCAGAGAUCGCCCUAGCUAUGGCUUGCUACCUGAAGCAAGUAGUCGCCACCAUCUGCAUCAACGGUCCUACUGCAGUCUGUGAUGCUUCUCUCAGAUACAAGGAUGAAGUCCACACCCCCACCUCCCCUCAUAAAGAGUACGUCGAGUUUGAUCUCUUCAGGGCACUACGCUUCCGCAACUACCUGGCUGCCUGCGAGGAUGAACUGAGUGAGUACAACUUUCUUCCAGUUGAAAAGGCCGAGGGGCAAAUCCUGUUCAUUAUUGGAGAAGAUGACCAAUGCCUGCAGAGUAAACUACUUGCUGAGAAGGCCUUGAACAAGUUAAGGAGACAAGGGAAAAACAAUGGGAAGAUGCUGGCAUACCCUGGGGCUGGCCACCUCAUCGAACCACCCUAUACACCACUGUGCUACUCUUCCUGGAGCCCUGGCUUCCCUUAUCCCUUGCUGUGGGGGGGAGAAAUGGUGGCCCACUCUGUAGCGCAGGAACAAUCUUGGAGGGAAAUUCUGAACUUUUUCAGGGAACAUCUCCCGGGAGCCAGAAAUAAGCUCUGAACAAGGACUCAUGGUGAUGGUUAGGUAGGAGACAAAAUAGUAAACAACAGUAACAUAAUCAAAAGUAAUGGUAAGGCUGGAUGAGGGGGUUCUCAAGUUGUAUCUAGGUUCAUAGCUUCCGAAUACAGGGCAAAUCAAAGGACCAGGGCACAGCUGUAUCUGAAUAGACGUACUGGAUUUUUGUCAAAUUGAGUUCUACUUUAUUGGUUUCCACUAUUUUGAAAUCAUGCUGCCGGUUGAAAUCUCUUUUACAGCCCAAAUUAGGCAUAUUUUGGGUCCAGGUAAUCUCAGUCUUGAUGAAUUCUCUGAGAUUUCCAGCUUACUUUUGGAAAUACAUUUUCUGUUUAAAUGAUUUUCAGCUGAAUUUCUGAUAUGUGACUUUAAGAGUUCUAAUUCUAUUGAGUACAAUGCUCGUUAUAGAUUUCCAACUGGUGCUUUUAUUUUAUUUUUUAAAAAAUAAUAGUGAUGUUUCUUCUCCUUCCUAAAACAUAAUGCAUUCUGUAAUUUUAAUCAGGAAUGGGAAUGAAUUUAAACUGCCUUUGUAACAGCUCUUGAAAUCAAUAUAAUGCUAGAUAACAAGUUCGAUAGUACUACAAGAAAAGAAUCAAAUUCAGAUUGUGGGUCAUUCUGUGAUCAUUCUAUGCCAUUCUAUAACAACUUAAUUAAUAACUGACCUAGUCUCUUUAUAGAUAAUAGUUGAUUUAAAAAAUGUAGUUUUCGUGGUCUAGAAGGUGGUGCAAUGGACAAAGCAUUGGACUCUCAAGCAUGAGGUCCUAAGUUCAAGCCCUGGCAGCACAUGUACCAGAGUGAUGUCUGUCUGAGUCUUUCUGUCUCUCCUCCUAUCUUUCUCAUUAAUAAAUAAAUAAAAAUGUUUUUUAAAA